AGAGACGGCGCCAUUGUUGGCCUAGAGAGGCCACUGCCGGACAAGGAGGGAACCAAGGCUUCCGCUCAACCGAGACGCAAGAUGGCUACGGAUGGGGGCGUCUAUGUGGACGACCUGGGGAGUCGGAGUCUCCUUCGCCUUGUGUCUUUCUGCGUCCUACUGGCAGGUUUGUGCAAAGGAAACUCAGUAGAGAAGAAGAUCUACAUCCCCUUAAAUAAAACAGCUCCCUGUGUCCGUCUGCUCAAUGCUACUCAUCAGAUUGGCUGCCAGUCUUCCGUUAGUGGGGACACAGGGGUUAUCCACGUAGUACAGAAGGAAGAAGACCUACAGUGGGUGUUGACCGAUGGCCCUAACCCCCCUUAUGUGGUUCUGCUGGAGGGCACACUCUUUACCAGGAAUCUGAUGGAGAAGCUGAAGGGGAGAACCAGCCGAAUUGCUGGUCUUGCAGUGUCUUUAGCCAAGCCCAGUCCUGCCUCAGGCUUCUCUCCUAGUGUGCAGUGUCCCAAUGAUGGGUUUGGUGUUUACUCCAACUCCUAUGGGCCAGAGUUUGCUCACUGCAGAGAGAUAGCAUGGAAUUCGCUGGGCGAUGGCUUGGCUUAUGAAGACUUCAGUUUCCCCAUCUUCCUUCUUGAAGAUGAAAAUGAAACCAAUGUCAUUAAGCAGUGCUACCGCGAUCACAACCUGAGUCAGAACGGCUCAGCGCCGGCCUUCCCACUGUGCGCCAUGCAGCUCUUUUCCCACAUGCACGCCGUCAUCAGCACCGUCACCUGCAUGCGACGCAGCUUCAUCCAGAGCUCCUUCAGCAUCAACCCAGAAAUCGUCUGUGACCCCCUGUCCGACUACAAUGUAUGGAGCAUGCUUAAGCCUGUAAAUACCUCUGAGACGUUGGAGCCCAAUGACAAGGUUGUGGUAGCUGCCACCCGGCUGGACAGUCGUUCCUUUUUCUGGAAUGUGGCCCCAGGGGCUGAAAGUGCCGUUGCCUCCUUCGUCACUCAGCUGGCUGCAGCUGAAGCUCUGCAGAAGGCACCCGAUGUGACCACCCUGCCCCGCAAUGUCCUGUUUGUCUUCUUCCAAGGGGAAACUUUUGACUACAUUGGCAGCUCAAGAAUGGUCUACGAUAUGGAAAAUGGCAAGUUUCCUGUGCAGUUAGAGAACAUUGACUCAUUCGUGGAGCUGGGACAGGUGGCCUUAAGAAAUUCACUAGAGCUUUGGAUGCACACAGACCCCAUGUCUCAGAGAAAUGAAACUGUACAGAACCAGGUGGAGGAGCUCCUGACCACCCUGGAGAAGAGCAGUGCUGGCGUCCCUACUGUAGUCCUCAGGAGGCUGAAUCGGUCCCAGCCUCUCCCACCAUCUUCUCUGCAGCGAUUUCUUCGAGCUCGAAACAUCUCUGGCGUUGUUCUUGCUGACCACUCUGCUGUCUUCCAUAACCACUAUUACCAGAGCAUUUACGACACUGCUGAGAACAUUAAUGUGACCUACCCGGAAGGGCAGAGCCCUGAAGAGGACCUGAACUUUGUGACAGACACUGCCAAGGCUCUGGCAGGUGUGGCCACGGUGCUGGGACGUGCACUGUACCAGCUCGCAGGAGGAACGAACUUCAGCCACACCAUUCAGGCCGAUCCCCAAACGGUUACCCGCCUGCUCUAUGGGUUCCUGGUUAGAGCCAACAACUCAUGGUUCCAGUCUAUCCUCAGGCCGGACCUAAGGUCCUACUUGGGUGACGGGCCUCUUCAGCAUUACAUCGCCGUCUCCAGCCCCACCAACACCACUUAUGUUGUACAGUAUGCCUUGGCAAAUUUGACUGGCAAGGUGAUCGACCUUACCCGAGAGCAGUGCCAGGAUCCAAGUAAAGUCCCCACUGAAAACAAGGAUCUGUACGAGUACGUUUGGGUUCAGGGCCCUUUGAAUUCCAACGAGACAGACCGGCUUCCCCGGUGUGUGCGUUCCACGGCACGACUCGCCAGGGCCUUGUCCCCUGCCUUCGAAUUGAAGCAGUGGGGCUCUACUGAAUACUCUACAUGGACUGAGAGCCGCUGGAAAGACAUCCGCGCCCGGAUAUUUCUGAUAGCCAGCAAAGAGCUGGAGUUUAUCACCCUGAUGGUGGGCUUCGGCGUCCUCGUCUUCUCUCUUGUCGUCACCUACUGCAUCAAUGCCAAAGCCGAUGUCCUUUUCAUUGCUCCCCGGGAACCAGGAUCUGUGUCUUACUGAAGAGGACCCCAACUUUUCCUGCCAGCUCUGCAGUUCACUUCCUAGAUCAUCUGUCCCACUGGGACAUAAACCACUAGUUUGUCACUGGAACCUCUCUGGGCCUGGCUCGGACUGACAUUAAUAUAAAAUGGAACUGCCCAAAAGA